ACACGGAGAAAGGAUGUACGUUCUGGCGUCAGCUUGAGUGUUGUGUCUCGCCAUGUGUAGUGAAGGAAACAGGUAACUUAGUUUUUAGCCGUUUGUUUUGUUUUCCUCUCGUUCCCGAACUUCUUUUUUUCUUUGCUAGCGAGUUCAUUUUUUUAAAGCAAACUUUUUUUUUUUUUUUAUUGGACUGCGCGAGACGUUAUUUCUUAUGAGGCAACACCUGUUUCGAAGUUUUUAAUUCGCCCCCCCUCUCAGACAAAAGAAGAGCAGAAAGUGUCUUUUUUUCAUCCACUUUUUAAAUAAUUUUUUUGUAAGCUCAGUGGUUUUUUUCUUCUUCGUGUGCGUAACUAUGGAGACACACGACCAUCACUCGGCAACGCGAGAGUAUCCACAUCCGUUUAUCCACGAGGUGAAACUGACCACAGCUCAGAGGAUAAGGGGGAUCAUCCUGGGCAGUGUCCUCUUUCCUCUUCGCAUCUCCCUGGCGGCGCUGCUCUUCCUCAUCACCUGGCCCCUGGCCCGGCUGCGAUUGGCCGGCCUCUCUGCGGAGGAGCGCUCCCGGCCCGUGACGGGCUGGAGGCGCUGGUUCUUCCACUCCAUCGUCAUGUACCUGAGCAGGGCCGUGUUCUUCUCGCUGGGUUUCCUGUGGGUGAGGGUCAAGGGUCGGCGGGCGGACCUGAAGGAGGCGCCGGUGCUGGUGGUGGCGCCCCACAGCGGCUUCCUGGACAUGCUGGUCCUCUGUCACACCCAGCUGGCCACCGUGGUGUCCCGUUCAGAAAACACCAGCCUGCCCGUCAUCGGAGCUCUCCUGGAGUUUAACCAGUCCGUGCUCGUGAGCAGGAAGGAUCCCGAGUCGAGGAAAAGGGCAGUGGCUCAGCUAAAUGAGAGGCUCACCUCCAAAGGCUACUGGCCUCAGCCGAUCAAAGUCGGAUUAACCCUCAAACGCCGAACUCGCUCUGACUCUUUGACGUUUGCGGUGCAGAUGCUGAUGUUUCCCGAGGGAACCACCACCAACGGCCGCGCGCUGCUCAAAUUCAAACCCGGCGCUUUUCUUGCUGGAGUCCCCGUCCAACCAGUUCUGCUGCGUUAUCCAAACAGGGUGGAUACUGUUCGAUGGACGUACAAAGGAACCACCUGGACAGAGGCCCUGUGGCACACCACUUCACAGUUCUACACCAACAUGACUGUGGAGUUUCUGCCCGUUUACAACCCGUCCCAGGAGGAGCGGAGUGACCCCAGCCUGUAUGCAGACAACGUUCAGAAGCUAAUGGCCGAGGCGUUAGGAGUCCCGGCCACUGACUAUGUGAUGGAGGGCCGUGUUCCGGUCAGUAAAGUGGGCGGCCUCUCUCUGCCGCUGGACUCUCCCGCCAGAGAGACGCUGUCCCUGCUGCACAAAAACGGUCUGGGGGCCCAUGAGGUGGAGGUGGUGCUGGACAGAAUGACCGACAUGUGCCGGUCUGGGACUCGGUGGUCAAAGACCAGUGCGGAGGAGCUCGCCUCCAUAUUGGAACUGAAGGAAAAACAAACCGCCAUCCAUAUCUGUGGUCUCUACUCCAAGGACGAGACUGUGGAUCUCAGGCAGGUCUGUCUGAGCGUCUCCGCCAUCGCGGGAUUCAGCAGCUUCCCGGCGUUGCUUCACACCGCUUUCACCCUGUUCGACGGGGAGGGCCGGGGCCGCCUGAGUGCAGAGGAGCUGUCGGGCCUCAUGGGGGCGCUGCUGGCCGUCCCACAGCACAACACGGCCGCUCUGUACGCCCAGGCCUCGGGCCAGGGCUCGCUCACCGAAGAGAAGCUGUUGCGAGUGCUGACGACCCACCCGACCUAUCAGAGAGCGGUGAACGAGUACCUGCUGCGCGAGGAGGCGGGCUCUGAGCCGCCGGGCAGCGCGCUGACCAACGGGAAGGCUGUGAACAACAACGGGCCGACGCCCAACAGCAACGGAUCGCUCCGGCACAAGAAGCUCGAAUGAAACCGUUUCGACGACACCUCUGACUCUUCCCUGAUUAUGUUUGGAUCGGAGUCAUUUAUACAGUACUGUGGAGUUUCUUUUUGUUCUGUGUUUUUUUUUUUAAAUGUUUUUUUAAGUUUUUAACCCUAUAGCAUAUCUUGCACAAAAGCUGACAAGCCUAAAUGUGUUUUGAAAAUGGACACUACAGUGGUUUUCUGAAGUGUGUGUGUGUGUGUGUGUGUGGAAGGCUACUUCCUCAAAUGUUUGUGGGGCUGAAAAUGUGGAUGUUUACCAGUGUAUUUUUUUUCUUAUCAGUCAUUUAUUUUCAAAAUUUUUAUUUAUUAAAUAUCUUCAUGCUGCAAACUUGUGAUGGGACAAUGGUGAAUGUGAAACAGAUUUAAGAGUAAAAGUCUUGUGUAUUAUGAAAAUAAUUCUUAACUUUUUUUAAAAACUGUUUAAAAUAAACUGA